AUGGCGCCCUUUGGCCGCCGUCGACCAGCCGAUGCAGCAUUGGAACAGGCGCGUAAAGCUCAGCGCAGACCUACCCUUCCAUCGGCAAGCAGAGGCGAACGUAUCCAAGACACGUAUACAGCAUACGACGACUUUCCAUGGGAGGAGAUCGAAGAAUAUCUUAGAGGCAAAUGGCCUGACUGGGACUUUAAGCGGAAGAGGUAUUUCAGCCUGAUCGUUUGCGCAGUUCCACGACAAAUGGGUUUUUGA